AAAUUUGGGGGAGCACGGUAAUUCUAGAUAUAUUUAGCUGCAAACAGUCACGUGAACAUGAAUGUCGGACGUAGUAUUGGAUCAGGGGCAUAAAACAGAGAAUUUGUUGAUUACCGUCAUUGCAUAUUCUUCUCAAAUGUUUUUAACGGUCUCUGAUUCCCCGGCGCUCAGAGCUGCUGAAUAUAAAAUAAGUGGAUAAGUCCAAUUGUGCGAAAAUGAGAGCAGUUUUAUGCUAAAAGAUUACAAUUUUUUUUUCAAUGGUCGUUCCUCCCUUUGGAAUUCUUCUUUUACUGCUUUAUUUUGGGUUAUUUGGGUCCUUGUGCUGGAUAAAUCUGACGUGAAUUUAAUGCUUGGUCUGGUCUGCGGGUUUUUGAAGACAGGAAAAUGAAAACAAUCAGAUUUAAAGGGUUUAUGGCGCCCUCAGAGAGAAUAAAAAAAAUUUUUAAAUCUUGAGGAUUUUCUGCAAAUAUGUUCUUUAAUGUAUCAAAAAACUAUAUAAUAAAUUUUAGGUCAUUUAGGCGAAUCGUAAGAAUUAUAAUAAUUUCUGAAAUUGUUCGCUAUGCUUCAGGUUGAAUGAGAUAUUAAUAAUUCGACAGUUUUUUUUAUAUUACCGACGCGUCGGCCAUAUAGGGAAAAUUUGGAAAUUACCGCCGUCAGAUUCAAGGUUUUGCGACAGUAAAUUAUUUUCUGGACAAGUGGAGCUUGUACUGGGUGUUCCGCGGGUGGUACACAGAAGUCGUCAGGUAUAAAUACCCUGGAGGUACGAGGGUUAGGCCCGUGGCUGAUAGAGGACACUACUCACUUUAUUUAUUUACAAAUGAAGAAAUUUAAAACUAAUGAGACACUUGAAGCUGUGCAAACGAAUCUUCGAGAAAACGUGAUUGUCAUCUGAUCAACGGAAUAAUCCUUCGUCAUUCGAGGGUACCCAGGUGUAAAUAAAGCGAGUAAAUAUGUACGGAUUUACUGUCCUCCCCCUACAACACUAUCACAAUGGAUUGCCCACGCGUGCAGCAUAUCAGAACUCUCAGCGAAUACACCCCCGUGACAGGCGGAAUGAAUUUCGUCGUCUUCCUGUUUAACAUUUAUAUUGUAAUGUCUGCCGGAAAUUCUGCUGAGUCCAAAAAAAUGGCGACGUAUUAUGGUCCUCUGGUGAAGAAUAUUUAUGAGGAAUAUCGUACUGGAGGAAUCAUGAUAGCAUCUCACCAACGAACUCGGGCACAGUUCACAAGACUAACGAGGCAAUAUGAAAUAGCUAGAUGGCUAUCCAAGUAUGGAAUUCCUUCGAUAAUCGUAAAAUUGGAACGUUUCAAAGAAAGAUUAUCUUCCUACACCGACCGAAUUUUCCGACCUCUUGUUGCAGUAGGAUUUUAUACGAUGGAAGAAGUUCUUAUGUUCCAACAGAUCGCUAAGGAUGUUAUCAUGGGCUACCCCGUGUGGUUGAUAAUUUUUGCGGAAAAUGCUGAUGCCGAUGUCUGCGAAUAUUGCCGAAAUCCUCACGGAAAUUUAUUCAACUUGAAGUUGGAUUCGGAAGUUCUUGUCUUGUGCUGUGACCCGAAUACUAUUGAUGAGUGGUGGUCACCAGCGGUUAAUCGGACGAUGAGGAAGGAGAUUGGACACUGGAUCGGUGAGAAUUCAAAGGGAUAUUCUUUUAGUCGUAGGCCUCUUUACGGCCGUCGGAAUUCUUUGGAGGGACGAGAGCUACGUGUAGUUGCAGCGAAGGGAUCCGCUUAUAUUUGGAAAGAAAAUGGAAAAUACACCGGAUUUUUUGGCGAAGUGCUCAAUGAAUUAUCCGCAAUAAUGAAUUUCACGAUAUCAGAAUCUACUACGACCAACGGUUUUGGGAACUUCAAUCCAAAAACAUUAAAGUGGAACGGUGUCAUUGGACGGAUUCACCGAAAUGAAGCUGAUAUUGGGGUUUCUCCAAUGGCCAUGACCCAUUCACGACUCAAUGCUGUUGAUUUUACGAUACCCAUGUUCUCCGGAAAGUCAAGAUUGUACGUGAGAAAACUCGAUGGUGCUCGUGUUCAGUGGCAAGCCUAUUUCAAGGCAUUCGCUAUGGACGUAUGGAUGACUAUCAUUGGAUUGAUUGUCGCAAUACCUCUCCUUUUGACUCUCAUCAGAUACAGAAGGGGACGUAAUCUCUUUCCCCAGAUCAUCGAGCAUUACUCCAACGUCUGGGGUAUUUACUGCCAACAGGGAUUGUCCAGAUUUCCAGAUGAAACAUCAUUGAGAAUUGUUUAUCUAUCGAUAUUUCUGUCUGCGGUUGUCAGCACCAGUGUAUACUCAGCGUCCUUAGUCAGCUUCCUCACCGUCUUCUCUUCGUAUUCGCCAUUCAACACGAUGGAAGAAUUUGUCGCGGAUGGCACUUACGGGCUCCUCAUAUUGAAGAAUAGUGCGCAAUAUGACGUAUAUAAGAAUACCAAGGAUCCCUUCAAGAAGAAGAUGAAGUCUCUCAUGGUUCCUGAAGAGUCCUUGCCCUCGAGUUUAGCUGAAGGAUUUAAACGGGUCUGCCAGGAGAGGGUUGUAUUCGAGACGAAUGAAGCUAUUAGGAAAACUAUGGAUAACUCAAUAUUCUGUGACAUCACAGCUAUAGAUACAAAAACUAUUGAGACAUUCGGAAUGAUCACACCACGGCGAAGUGAAUACCUUGAACUCAUCAAUUACCGCAUCCGACAAUUUGAAUUGAAUGGAGUAUUUCGCCGAUUGAAGAACAAAUACUUCACAAGGCCACGUGAAAUUAAAAUUGAUUAUCCAAAAGUACACGUAGAGGGAGUCGAACCGAUUUUACUUAUACUAGCCAGUGGAUUUUCAAUUACACUUAUGAUUUUCAUCAUCGAGCUGCUCUUCAAUUGGAUUCAAACGGAGUUGCUGAAGAGGAAGGAACGAAGAAUCAUACAAGGUCAAAUAAAAUACUCUCGUUCUUCUCAUAGAGCGAAGAAUGAAAUGUAUUUCAUUCCCUAAUAUUUAUCGCGUCUGGAAGAGCACUUUUUUAACUCAAUAAAAUUGGA